AUGGCAGCUUCGGCCAGCGAGGAGAAAGCUUUCCGGAGGUUCCUGGAGCUGCUGCUGCGGGAAUUCCGGGGUCCCUUCGGCGAGGAGGACCCGCUGCCCCUCCGGCCCGUCUCCAACCACAUCACCGAGGAAGAGGUGGAGGGCGAGUGCCUGGACCUCUGCCUCCAGCAUCUCUGCAGAUAUAAUGCCCCCUUCUCAUUGGCUGCGGCAUUGGCAAGGGCAACGACAAAUGAAAUCCUUCAGAGUGACCUUUCCGUUCUCCACUAUGUGCCGAAGCUUCUGGAUGGGACUGAUGGGAUCACACAGUUUGACUCGACAAGGCUGUCCCGAAUGGUGUUCACCAAACUCCACGAGGUCUGCUGCAGCUGGGUGAAAGACUUGCCACUGACAAGAAGAACGCACCCCUAUUUUGAAACGUCCAUUCAUGCCAUCAAAAAUAUGCGGAGGAAGAUGGAGGACAAGCACGUCUGUCUGCCAGACUUCAAUACUCUCUUUAAUCUGGAGGAUCAAGAGGAACAGUCAUUUUUCGCCGUAUUUGACGGACACGGGGGGGUGGACGCCGCAAUCUAUGCCUCUAUCCAUCUCCACGUGAACCUCGUCCGACAGGAGAUCUUCCAGCACGAUCCCGCCGAGGCCCUGUGUCGGGCCUUUCGCCUCACAGACGAGCGGUUCGUUCAGAAGGCUGCCAGAGAGAACCUGCGAUGUGGAACAACUGGUGUUGUGACCUUUAUGCGUGGGAACAUGCUACAUGUGGCCUGGCUGGGUGACUCCCAGGUGAUGUUGGUGCGAAAGGGCCAGGCAGUGGAACUGAUGAAACCUCACAAACCUGACAGAGAGGAUGAGAAGCAACGGAUCGAAGCACUCGGAGGCUGUGUGGUGUGGUUCGGGGCUUGGCGAGUUAAUGGAAGCCUUUCUGUCUCCAGAGCCAUCGGGGAUGCUGAGCACAAGCCAUACAUCUGUGGUGAGGCAGACAGUGAUUCCACCCUGUUGGACGGGACCGAGGACUACCUCAUCCUCGCUUGUGACGGCUUCUAUGAUACCAUGGAGCCUGAGGAGGCGGUCAAGGUGGUGGCUGAUCAUCUGAAAGAGAACAAUGGCGACAGCAGCAUGGUGGCCCACAAGCUGGUGGCCUCGGCCAGGGACGCCGGCUCCAGCGACAACAUCACCGUCAUCGUGGUCUUCCUGCGUGACCUGAGUGCCACGGCGGAAGAUGAGGAGGCCAAUGGCGACUCCAAAUGGACAGGCAACUCGUUCGACGGUGCCCAGGGAGACGGGGAUGACAAGGAGAACCGAGGGAACUACCAAGGCCCCCGACCGCAGCACCAAUAUGGAGCUGCCUCGGAGUUGGCUCAAGAUACGCGAGAAGACUCGCUCACAGACAGAACUAGCCUAACUUUAGGCCCGCAGGUUGUUGUUCUCCCGUCAGUAGCCAGUGCCAAGGAAUUACCUCUGACACAGUGGAGACCCAAGGGGUCUGAAGCAUCCCGCGUGGAACCAGCAUGUUCAACCCUGUGGGAACGCAGGGACUUUGCGCCAGACGAGGCCUGGCAUCGGAAGCCUCCGUUCGUAGAUCGGAUAAGAAGGCAGGGCCGGGUGGAGAGGCCAGCUCCCCGCUAUUCCGGGACCCAGCGAGACUCCUGGGGUGCCAGUAAGGCCUCCUGCAUGGAGAGGCAGCAAGGACACUGGUCAGCCGCACAACCAGAGCACCGCGCACUGCUCCUCAUUCGAAGGGCUGGUGGCAAAACCGCGAGGAAUCGCAAAGAGUCAACAUACCAGCCACCGCGGCAGAGAAAAGUGGGUGGUAUAUGCCGCUCAGGAGGCUUGGCUCCCUACAGUUGGCAUGGGCAAAUGCCAAUGAGUUUACAUGGCUUCUGUCUACUUCAGCAGCCGUAACACUUUCACGUAGAGUUCCCCCCACCCCCACACCUUACUAGACUGGAGUUCUCAACACAAAGCUCCCACCUUCCUUGACAAUCCUCACCUCACUAGCUUAUGAAUAAAUCAAUUAAAUAGUUAUGUUAUCUUAUAUUCUGGCCUAGGCAGAGUAGCUGAAGCCUGUAACAGUAAGCCAUGCCGCCAAGGAAAGAUGAUAUCUUAACUGGUUUUUGUAGACUGAGCUGCCUUCACUAGGUUUGCCACUAAAGAUACCACUCAAUUGCAUUAAACCCCCGAUAGCUCCCAGGGCUGGCGUGACUGGAUAACCAGGUUUGGAGGUGGUGGGAGGAAAGAUUUGUCCAGUAUCCUGAUCUACUUGUCCGACACAAACAUGUAUUGCAGUAUCUGACCUGCCUUCAUGGUCGAGAAGCUCCCUUUUCACUUCGGAGGGACAUCAUUUAAAAAAAAAAUCAAAUUCAUGAGCAUCGCUGGUAGUGCUGGUCAUUUAUUGCUCAUCCCCUAGUUCCACCCGGAAGGUGGACGUGAGAUCUCUUCAUCGCUAGUAGUGGUUUCAAGUGUUUUUCCUGGCCACUUCCGAGGACAGUCAAAAGCCAACCUCAUUGGAAUUGGUCUGGAGUCACUUGUAGGCCAGACCGGCUAAGGAUGGCAGAUUUCCUUCCCUAAAGGACACGAGUGAAGUAUUCACAACCAUACAACAGCUGUGUGGGCACUUCGAUUUUUAUUUCCUGAACUGAAUUCAAAUUCUCAAACUCCCCAUGGUACAGUUUGAACUCAUACUUCCUCAAUUUAUUAGUCUAUGGUUCUGGAUUACUAGUCUGGUAACCAAUACACCAGCAUAGUGCUCCCUCAGUCUGAUAUACCACCCUGCUCCCCCACCUCGCUUACCCUUUCCAUAGUUGGGCUGUCCCCAGCAGGUCUGGUGGAUGACUCACACCCUCCCCCCACCCUGCACUGACACCCUACUCUCCCCUUCCCAGAACUGAGUGGUGGCCUGGAUAUUACAGCCUGGGGAGAUUUGUCCUCUCGUCCUGUGGAGAGAUGCCUGACAUGGGCUUAGAUUUACCCUCAAUCAUAUCGUAGGAGGGUUCAGUGCUGAGCUCAAACAAAACCCAGUGCAAGGGAAGCAAUCCAUCUGGGAGUGUCAAGGGGAAGUGGGAAGAAUAAAUGUGUGAAAGUGAAUAUCUCUUAGUUUACAGAACUCAUUAAACUGCAGUAACUGACUUCACUGAUAAUAGGUAGUUAAAAGUAUUUGUGUGUCUCUGGCUGUAGAAUUCAUUCAAAUCAAAUCUGGGUGGCUAAGGCUCUCAAACUAAUUAUUCCCAUACCUAUAAAAGGCUUUUCUGAAACAAAAGGCUCUUGUAAUAGUUAUACAUUGAAUAGUUGUCCUGGUAUUAUAAAUGCCAUACAAAUUAGUACUCAUCAGGGCACACCCCACCAAACACUGACAGUAGCAACCCAUUCCCUGGUAGCUAGAUAAAAUUUAUAAAAUAUUUCCUUCUCAACAAACUAAAGGUAGUUCUGUAAGACAUGUAUGAUGCGUUAGUAGUUUUUGGUCUGAUUAUAUACCUGUACUGGUACCUGUGUAAGUCUGAUUAUGAAACUGGGCUGGUCCACUAUACAGCUGCACUGGAACCUGUGCCACUGAUAAUAGGGACCUGACUGUAUCGCUUCACCUGUACAGGUAAUCUGUAGCAAUCCAGCCAUUCACCUAGGCUAACACUGGUUUAAUUGUACAUCUAUUUGGCGUUUCUGGUCUGACUGUAAUCCAUGACUGUAUUAGUACCUCCUGUACAUCUGUACAGUAGAUCUGUACAGGUACCUGUAAUGGUCUGACCCUACCAGUCUGACUGUGCACCUAUGCUGGUGCCUCUAGCAGUCUGAUUGCAUAAGUAUCUGCACAGAUACCAACUGUACACCAUUAACAGUUUGGCAAUACUGCUCUGACUGUACACCUGUACUGAUGUCUGUAGUUGUAUAGAUACUGACUAUAACUGUAGCAGUGCAACUGUACACCUGUACUGGUGCCUUUGGUUGUAUAGGUACUGACUACAAUUGUAGCAGUUUGACUGCUGGUUUUACACUUCAGAACAAUUCUUGCUUUGUGACACGCAGUGUUUAACUGAUUGCAGCUGGUGAUAGCAAGUAGUCCUUAACGUGGUUUGAAUUCUCUGCUCUUAUUUACUUCUUGCUCAAGUAAGUAAUGAACUUCUCUCCUCCCACCACCCAUUUCCCUCCACCAGUACUGGUAUUUACAUGUUCAGUAUCUUGUAAUUUUUAAUGAUGGUAUUUCUGGUGAUUAUAAUGUAAAAAAUUAUAUAUAUAUUAUAUAUAAAGGUCUUAAAAAACUUGAACAUAAAAAGGUGACUACACUAUUGUAAUUAUAACCUGUUUUAA